CUGCGCUCAUGUGAUCAGCUUCGCUACUGAGCGGACGUGUGAGAGGACGAGGUGGCGAGCAGCACAGGUUCCUUAACAUAACUCCUUGCUAGGAUGGGAAGGAAAUUGGAUCUGUCCAAGCUCACAGAUGAAGAGGCCAAGCAUGUUUGGGAAGUGGUUCAACGGGACCUUGAUCUACGGAAGAAAGAGGAAGAAAGAUUGGAGGAUCUGAAAGGCAAGAUUGAGAGAGAGAGUACCAAGAGGGAGUUCUUAUCCCAUCAGUCCCACCUAAAUGAAACCCACUGUGUCCACUGUCUGCAGCCCUUCAAGUUCCUGGUGAACAGCAAGCGACAGUGCCUAGACUGCCACUUCUACACUUGUAAGAACUGCAGCCGCUACAACAAAAAGGACCAGGGCUGGGUCUGUGACCCUUGCCGUUUAUCCAGGGUUGUAAAGAUUGGCUCCUUGGAGUGGUAUUAUGAACAUGUGCGGUCCCGUUUCAAGAGAUUUGGAAGCGCUAAAGUGAUGCGGUCACUCUGUGGCAGGCUUCAGCCUAGGCAGGAAAUGAAUCCAGCAUUACUAGGGUUGCAUGACAGAGUUUACAGCUUGCCAGACAUCAACAACAGAGAACGUCAUUUCCGCACCAGCAGCAGGGGAGGGGAAGAUGGUGAUGAUGAUGUCAUAAGUCAUGCAGAAGCUGAGUGCUACAACAGGAUGCGUAAGACAAAGCGCCUGCUAUCCGUUCAUCCCUUUGAUUUUGAUCUGGACUCAGAAUAUUCCGCUCAAUCUCGCCGUCAGUCUAUGCAACUUUCUCCAGCUGCAAUCAACCAGGAUGGCCUCCAGUCAUAUCCAGAUUUCCCAGACGGUAGGGAGGACACGUCCCAGAAGGAAUCGCUGAUAGCAGAAGCAGACCUUGCCUCAAUGUUCCAUCACAUCCUGCAGGAGCAGGGACAGCACCUGGCCCCUCCAGAGCAGGAGUUCAGCACUGAAGUCCGGCUCACGGUGAACUCGCGCAGGAAGAGCCUGGAAAGAAAUCCCAACUUUGGCAGCCUCUGGAAUGGGCAACACCCACCCCAUUACUCUGCAGAUAUGGACACCUCCGAUGAGGAUGUGAAGGGAGUUCACAAGUUACCCCAUCACAUAAAACGCAGAAACAGAGCCUCAUCUCAGGAGAGCAUUAAUCACUCUGGAAAUCAGAUAUUAGAACUCAACAAACGCAUGUCGGCAAUUGAACACAUGUUGAACCGCUUAGAAGAAAAGGUCCUGUUGCCCUCAGAGGAGUCUCCAGGCCAGGAGCCCCCUAAUGAUCCUGAUGUGGAAGAAGAGGAAUUGAAAAAAAAGCUGGAAGAGUUGGCCAGCAACAUCAGUGACAAAGGUGUUUCUUCAGAGGAAGAGGAGAGGAAGAAGGAGGAAGCAGCAAAACCAGAAAUGAGUUCUUCCAGUGAUGACUUGCCCAGUGAGGCUCAGCAGAGGUCGUCGGCUAAGGUUUUGUGCGACAUCACAGCCAAGGUGUUGAGAGCCAUAAAUGCCACAGAGAAAGCUGUGCACGAAUCGCUGAGUGGAGAUGACCAGCGUGAUGUUGCUUCCCCCUUCCUCGGAGGGCAGCCUUCCAGUCUGAAAGAUGGGAAAGAGGCAGCUGAAGCCUAUCGAAAACUUGAAGAAAAUGUUUACAUGACUGCUGGGAAGACAUACGGGCUGGAGAAAAUGCUGAGGGACGUAGAGGAACGUGCCCAUCACAGUGGAACCACUGAUUCUGAAUUGUCUGAGCUGGAGGACAAAGUGGCAUCAGCAGCUGCACAGGUGCAGCAUGCAGAGAGCGAGGUGUCGGAUAUAGAGACUCGGAUUGCAGCACUGAGUGCCGCUGGGAUGACUCUUAAGCCAAUGGAAAAAGCAAAGAAGAAGUCAAGUAUGCCAGUGUUUACUCUUCAUUCUCCCAGGCAUGGAAAUAGUCAAGAGGGUCAAAAUAUGAACUCGCCAUCUAUAACAUCACCAAAUGAUGUCAAAGUAAUGUCCAUGCCACAGGUAUUACAGAAGAAAUUUAACAGCUCUUUUGAAACUGCAGGUGAUGAAUCUUUUGAUAGACAGUCCUUUUACCGGGGCUCUUUGACACAAAGAAACCCCAAUGCGAGGAGCAGGAGAGCAGAACGCAUCUUUGCGAAGCCAGUGAUGACCCAUCGACCCUGAGAAAGGCAGAUGCUCCCUACCCUGAUGUUUUACUAAUGCUGCAAGACCUCAGCUCAAAGCUUCACCUUUAUUUCCUUAAUGCUUGCUUUUCCUUCUACUGCUCCCUUACCUGAAAUGCCAGAUGAAGGGAAGAAGCACUCCUGCACAGUGGGGAAUCCUGUUCAGUUGUGUUUACAGAGCUCAGAGUUUCAGCCUCACUGCAAGAGAAUGUGGGUCCAAUUCUGAGUAAGACACCAACUGAUUAUUAACUGGCAAGUCUUCUGGGCUACAGAAGCUGGCAAAGCAGGCCCAAGAAGUGCACCAUGUGCCCCACUAUCUCCUUUAAGAAGUUUUGAUAGCUGUGACCCACAGACAUUUGUUUGAACGUUUGGCUUGAAGAAACAUUGUCAAGGUUGGUAAAUGUGGGCCAAGUAUGUGCCUGAUCCAUGCCUGAUGGCUUCACAGAAGGAAAGAAUUUGUCAGUGAGUUUUCACUCUAAUAUUGCUUUUCUAUUGAGAUGGUUCAGUGAAUGGAACCAUAUGCAUUAAAGUGUUUUGCAGUGAAUUUAAGCUGCAUAGUUCCCAUUGUCUUCAAUGGGAAUCACAUGGCUAAAAAGUUGAUUUGCAAAUGUCCAGCAUAUUUGCAAAAGUCACGCAAUCCAUGUUCUAUCCAUCUUUUCCCUGUGGGUAUGUACUGUGCAGUGACAGAGACAGGAGUUGAUUGUGUAUGAAGUGUGUCUUGACUUACCAGUGCAAUCCUUUGCUGAAUAUAACUACUUGAGGCCCACCUAUAAAAUACAGACUGCAGAAAAGUUUAUGACUUCUGGCAACUUGCAAACCAGCAGGAUGGGAAAAGGGGUGAUGUUGAGGUAAAGAAUAUAUUCAGUGACUAUUAAUUCUGUUAGCCAGGUACGUGAGUUACCUGCUCAACUAUGAUGCACCAUGAAAUAAAAGGGUUAGCAGUAGGUCCUAGACCUAGAUUUGGUGCUGAGUCACUUUGGACGAGUCAUCUUCUCUGUGCUUGAUUUUUCCCCCACUAGUAAAAUAGGUGAUUUAUCAUGCUGACUUAACCCGGUAAAGUGCUUCAGUAUGUAAAUAUAAAGCAUUAUUAUCAACACUAAAUAAAAAGGCCCCAUAGAGGGAUUAUGCAGCUUUUUUUCCUCACUAGGAAAGCAGAGACAAGAAGGGUAACUGGGCUUCAAUAUUUUUGCUUAAAGAAGUGACCACUCAAGCUCCCAUUUCACUCAAGUCCCAUUAAAAUCCAUAGUAUUGAAGCACUUUGCUUAAGGAGACUUCUCAAAAUUAGGGUCCAAGUUGCCAGGCAAGUACAGGCCCUUAGGUAGUCUGUGUUGGAUCUGACAUCUUUUGGGAAAAGUAACUGUCACAAAACAGUUUAGCCUAGACAAAAGCCAGGCAAAAUGGCAGGCAGUGCCUUAGCCUCCUUACCCCUCCAUCUGGAACAUGAAAUUCAUUCCUGUCUUUGAGUUUAAUUUGCCUUCAUCCAAUAACGCCAUUGGUCUCAAGUGUUUGUACAGCACCCUUCCCCUAACUUAUAGGUGCAAUUUGCUCUUGCUAUCUUGUUACUUCCAAGAGAGAUUUGUCAAAAGACUUCUCUCUACAUUUUCUAACCUGAUCUUUUGGUGCACAGUCUUACCCUUGUGAAGGGGAAGUUCUGGUUGGAUGAACUAGUCUUUCCCUCCACAACAUAAAAUCUAGAUAGUGUCACCUGAAGCUGAAGCAAAAGCAGUAGAGGCCAAACCAACUGAUGUAAGAAAAGAAUUCUCCCACAGCAGCUCAAACAGGAGGGCUUGAGGCCAUCCCAGUAUUUUAAAAUAAAAUAAUUAAAGAAAAAGCAUGUGAAUCCUCAGAUUAGUCACACAUUACUGUAUGAGAGUUUGGUUGUGAUUUGGGAGUCCCUAAACAUAUAUAAAUGUUCCAUGGUCACCUCGGAAGGUGGUCAUGUAAAGAGCAGAAAACAGUAGGAAGUGUUCUUUUUGUAAGAAAUUCUGCAAUUUUAAAAUAUUUUGGUCCAAAAUGUAACCAAUUAAAAAUUAAAUUUCUGUAAAUUGAAAUUCUGAAAAAUACUUAUUUCCAGUCAAUUAUUUCAUUAAAAAUAAAUACUUUUGUUUUGAUUUUGCCCUUUAAAACUUGUUUAAAAAUGUCUUUCUUUAAAGUAAACAGAUGGUUUUUAUUUCAAAAUGUCUAUUUGAAAGAAAACAUCUAAAUGUUCCACUCUAAAAGUGUAAAAAAUAAGAAACUUUGAUAUUAUCAGAACACUUCAUUGGGGGGAGUGGAGAAGAGAGAAAACAAAACUCUGUCAAAAUGGGCAUAUUUUCUAAUGCAUUUUAAUUUCACCAAAAAUGGCACUUUUCAGUAAGUGGCAAGGAUCUCUUAGGAAGAUAUCUUUUAUUGGAUCAACUGUGUAGUUAGGAUGGAGUUAGACAAGCUUUUGAAUGCCACGCAAUCUUCUUCAGGUCUGACCAGAAAAGGCCAGGCACAGCAUAAUAAAGAACAGUUGUGGCCACUUGUUUUGGUCCAGCAUAUUUAUUUUCCUGGGUGUGGUAGCUGAAAUGACUUCAGAUGACUUUGUACCUCCUGCAUCAUUGUAAUACAAUUCACAUAGAAGACAUGUCUGAUCUCAAGUUCCCAUUUAAAGUCCAUAGUAGCCAAUUCCAUUCUUACUAAUACAACUUAAGCUGAGAUAUGAUUUCUCAAAAAGAUGGUCUCUGACUAAGCUAUUGUUCCAUUUAAUCAGUAUAGGCCACUUAAAAUUAUUACACCUAGAUGCAUAGAAACUAACUUUCAGUCAGCUGGACCGUUGCAACUUCCUGCAAUAAAAUUAAAUUGCCUGUUGCAUAUAUUUCACAAGUGAGCUGCCUUUAGGCAUUAACAUAGUGGUCCAGAACCUCAUGUGGUAUAAGAUAGCUCCACUGAAGUCAUAGAGUGAUGUAGAUUUAUACCAAGUGAGGAUCUAGCCACACUGUAGUACAAAUGUACCCUUUGCAAUACCUGUUUUCACCCUUAGUCCAGUACUAGUCAAUCAGAAUCCUAACCCCAUGGAGAAGUCCUCAUGACAGACCUCAAAAAUGUAAAAUAAGGCAUUGCUUAAACUGUAGUUACCCAAGCAUUUUAACUUUCAUCCUCUUCUGUUUCUAUAUAAAUAUAUGGCCUAAAUCAUUCAAUAAAACUGAUUUUGUGUUGAGAUUCAAACAUCCAUUUUGCACAGCAUCUGAUUUUCUUCCUCUCAGUUCACUUUCCUCGCUUUAACCAGGCAAUGCAAAUGCAUCCAAUGAAAAAACUGAAAAGUACAGGAAAUGAAGCUGUGUCUGAAGUUUGGGAGAUGUGGUAGGAUAGGGAAAUAAAACAGUAAGUUUGUUCCCCUCACAGUGAUCACAAAUGUAUUUCGGAGCAGGAGAGCAGGGAAAGAAAGGAAUAAGUUUGUUCCCCUUGCAUUGAUCAUAAGCUUUUCCAGGAGAAGUACAAUAAAUGUGUUCAAUUAUACACAAUGCUGUACAGUCCCAUUUAGGAUGUAUCAUGUUACCUAUGUUCUUGCAUAUUAUACCAAUGCAUCUCAGACCCCAGGCACUUACUGUAACAUGAGAGCAUUAGCACUUGUGAUCACUUGAUAAAACUAAAUAGAAUGAAGAAAAUAGUUUCUAAAAUACAAAAAAAUGUAACAGGGACAAAUGUUUUUAUUUUAAUGACCACACCUCUCCAAGGACCCAAGUAAUCUCAUUUGGAUGCCGUGAUCUAGUUAGGGAUUAGCAGAACAGGCAGGUUUAGUCAUAAAUUCUGUUGUCUAAAUUGAUUAUCUGUUCAAAAUGGCAAGUUGUUAAGUCAAUACAGAAAUAUAUUAAAGGAUUUCUUCAUACAGAAA